GACUAUCACCGAGCCAGGCACGAACCCACCUACUUCACAAUCACAUUCUCGGGCUUAUUCUCACUCUCAUUCUCACAAUACUUCUCAUUCUCAUUCUCAUAGUACUGCUCAGUCUCAUUCUCAUUCUCAUUCGCACUCUAACUCUCAUUCUAAUUCGCAUACGCACUCACAUUCACACUCUUUGACCCAUACGAGUUCACACAAAUCUUCAAAAGGUUCACCCCGUCUGGGACAUUCCCGCAACGAGUCAUGGGGCAAGUCGGCCUUGAAGAAGGCAGGGGCACUUUGUGGCCUCAACCACAGUGACUCCUACAGUUCAUCUAUUGAUGGACAUGAUGCUCCUCUAGAUAUAGCACUGAAGAGUGAAGUAACAAAGAUCAUCCGGCUCAAGGAUCCAGCGCUCCCUGACGAAGGAAGCAAGGACUAUGAUCUACUCGCUGCCCCCAACGGUGUUUCUCCUGCCCCUAGUAGCGAAGGCGUAGGUAUCGCGCUAUCUUCCCCUCCUCCGUCCGAUGAUCAUUCCAGAAAUAACUGCGAUCUGGAGUCCAUCAGUAUGCCAGGUCAUCCCUAUGCUCAAAGAGCGGUGUUUACCCAGUAUCACAAUGCGCCACCUGUGCAUGAACAUGCAACUCAUUCUCACAAAGGCUCUGAAUACGCCGGGCCCCAUCCAUCAACACUGGAAGCGGCUUUCCCUCCCAAUACAGCCACUAGCGAUGUGUCUAAGAGGCAUAGGCUACCGCCGCGAGCAGCCAUGCCUCAUCCAUAUGCGAAUUUCGGACAAGAUCCCACGACUCCGCGCACGGGAGAAGAUAGUCAAUUUCCCCCAUCUAAUGCUGCAGAUAUUUCCGAGUAUCGUGAUAAAGCUUUCUCGACGAAUGCGCAUAUAUCGCUCACUAAUCCAGAGUUUUCUAAUUUCGGCGUGGGAGAAGCGCUUGUCUAUGCUGUCCAGAAAACGGCGAGCAAAGGUAGUGGUUUAGGAGGUAGUGAAGAGCGAGGUAUUGUGAAUAUGGAGAGGGUGAGGUCACGGGUUGCAGAACCUCCCAGUAAGGAGGUUUCGGAUAAAGGGAAAGGGAGGGAGUUAUCGCUUUCCGUCCUCCAUAUCGAUAGCGGGUAUCCUAGUGGACGUCCUAUAUUUCAUUCGGACGAGUUUCCUUCCUCACCCACUCCUCUCACCAAUUACCGCCGAACUCAGAUGUCGAGUAGCAUGGACAAUAUGCCCGAAGUGGCGUCGUCCUUCGAUGAUACUUUAACACGAUUGAUUUUGCCAGCACUUGCUAAUGGAGAUGAUCUCGACGAUUUCCGAGAUUUGUUUUACAAACCACGCCCAAGAAACGUCUCAAGGACUCCUACCUCCGAUGAUCCCAGCAAAGGCAUCCCCUCCGAUGUCCACAGUUCUCGCUCUGGGAGUGGUCUAACGAACCUGGUAAGGAAGUUGAGCGAGGAGCUCGAAGAACUCAAGGAUGUUUCUUCGCCUUCAGCCGGUGCUUUAGAUAGCGAGAGCCGUGGUGGACGGGAAGAGCAACAAUCAGGGCAUCCUUCUACUACUCAAGGCUUCUUUUUUUCUGACUUCUCCGGAUCUCCCUCUUCUUCGCCAGUCCAAGCUGAUGGCCCUUCACCCUUUCGUUUGCCUAUACAAAAGGACAGGGUGCCACCCGGUGCCCCAGACGCAAAUAUACCUGAAGAUGUUGAAUCCUCCCGAGCAUCUUCCAUCUUGGAAAGAGCCAACGAGGAAAACGACACUUUCGGUGUUCCCAUCCGAGUCGGUCAAAUUGCGGCGAUGGCUACUUCUCCAGUAUCGUUUAGUCCGCAUCGCGUCUCAAGCCAAUUGUCGAUUAUAGGAGGCGAGGCUGCGCACACAGGUCCAACUAGUCAAACAUUCACGCCAAGGUCUGGACGAAACAGCUUGCACCCCCAUUCUGCCGAACCUCUUCGCUCCAGCUACGCAACCAGCACAACGGAUCUGUCUCGCAUGUCGGGUCUUUCGGACUUUCCAGUCCCUCCCGCGCAGGUCAAUUUGACAUCUGCGCACAUGUCUAUCCUUCAGGGGUAUUUCGAAAGUGUGGCGCGGCAAAGUGGCGAUCCUACGGAAACUCGGGCGACCUCUCGGAUCCGUAGCGGACACCGCGAUAGCCAUCGCACGACCUUUGGUGGAAGUGAGGAUAUGGAUAUAAUCACACAAGUCCAUGCGGCUGAGACGUGACUGUUUGUCUGUGUAACAUCAUGGGACUUUUUUGCUCCUGCGGACAUUUAUCUUAUACAUUAUUGCUUAUAAUAUUGUUGAUGUUGCACUAUAUCUAGACUUGUGAUCAGUUCCUAGUCUCCCUUGCUGACCCUAAUCAAUAUUACAGUCGCUUGAUAUAUGU